AUGCUGCCCAGAUCGUUACGCUCCGUACUGCUGACGUGCCUGCUGCUUGCAUCCUCCCCGAGCAUAGACGGUGCCAAGCGGCGAUCGCGACUGGAUCUGCCGAUCUCAAAGCCCGCCGAUGCCCCGCUGGAAGACAACCUGGCCACCGCAUCCGGCUCGGAGCCGGCGUUCGAGCGCGUAGAAGCCCCGGCCGCCAUCACACCGGCCGCCGCCGUCGCCGCCCCCGCCACCGCCUCCGCUGCCGCCGCUACCAGUAGUGCGGCCACUUCCGCCGAGACGGAAUCGUCCGCCAACGUCAGCGGAAGCGGAAGCGCCGAGAACAGCAGCCAAAUGAUCGACGAGUACUCGGACGAGGAAUGCGAUCCGGACUUUAUCGCGUUCGAGCUGGUCACCGGAUAUGUGUUUUCCGCACCGAACAAGCUGCUCGACUCGAUGCCCGGUACGCUCAUGCUGACCGACUGCUUGGAAGCCUGCCAGAACAAUGAUUCAUGCGCAUCCGUCAACUACGAAACCGGCCUGUGUGUGCUGUUCUCGUCCAACUCCGACAAAUUGCCAGGUGCCCUUACAAAGUCGCAGUUCCCGGUGUUCACGAUCUACGCACAGAAGUCCUGCCUGAAGCUGCGCCCGUGCGAACGUGCCUGGUGCAUCGACAGGGUGCAAGGUUUCAAGCUGAACGGACACGUCAAGCGCACCGCCCAGGUCGUUUCGCGCCGCGACUGCAUCGAGAUGUGCCUCGGAGAGAACGAAUUCACCUGCCGCUCGGCCAACUUCUACCAGGCAACGAUGUCUUGCGAGCUGUCCGACAUGGACCGGAUCACGCUGGCCGGAUCGUCCGCAUUCCAGACGAACGACGGUGCCGACUAUCUGGAGAACAACUGCGCCGAGGAGCCGACGAAGCUGUGCGAGUUCAAGCGCCUCUCGGGCCGCAUCCUGAAGACGGUCGAUUCGGUCUACCAGGACGUCGCGAGCGUGGACGAGUGCCGUGAGCUGUGCCUGAGCUCGCCGUACCGGUGCCACUCGUACGACUAUGGAGAUACUGGCGACAUGGUGUGCCGCCUGUCGCACCACAGCCGCGCCACGCUGUCCGACAUCCAGGAUCCGUACCUCGACGUGCCGGAGGCCGCCACCUACGAGCUGUCCUCGUGCUACAACGUGUCGAUCGAGUGCCGCGCCGGAGAUAUGAUCGCUAAGAUUCGCACCUCCAAGCUGUUCGAUGGCAAGGUGUACGCCAAGGGUUCGCCCAACUCGUGCGCGGUGGACGUGAAGAGUGCGCUCGAGUUCGAGCUGCGCAUGGGCUACCAGGACAUCGAUUGCAACGUGCGCCAGAACGGACUCGGCCGCUACCUGAACGAUGUCGUCAUCCAGCACCACGAUACGAUCGUGACGUCGUCCGAUCUAGGGCUGGCCGUCACCUGCCAGUAUGACCUGACGAACAAGACCGUCUCGAACGACGUCGAUCUGGACGUGACGGGCGACAUCGAACCGGCCCUGUCCGAGGAGGUGGUCGUCGACUCGCCGAACGUUGUGAUGAAGAUUACCACGCGCGACGGCAGCGAGAUGAUGCGCACGGCCGAGGUCGGCGAUCCCCUGGCGCUGCACUUCGAGAUCCUCGACCCGCAGUCCCCGUACGAGAUCUUUGUCCGCGAGCUGGUCGCGAUGGACGGCGUCGACAGUAGCGAGAUCACGCUGAUCGAUGCGCGCGGUUGCCCCACGGACCACUUCAUCAUGGGCCCGAUCUACAAGAGCAACAAGUCGGCCAAGAUCCUCCUGUCGCACUUUGACGCCUUCAAGUUCCCGUCCUCGGAGAUGGUGCAGUUCCGGGCGCUCGUGACGCCGUGCAUGCCAACCUGCGAGCCGGUGCAGUGCGACGGCGACGACUUCGGUGGCGAGUUCCGCUCGAUGGUUUCGUACGGACGCAAGCGACGAUCGGUCAACGGUACGUCGACCAGUGCGCUGAUCGAGGCGGCCCUGCGUCACCGCCGGGAAACGACCCGUCAGGCCCCGCAGGACGAUAUGCUGCUGGUGCAGUCGAUCCAGAUCACCGACAAGUUCGGCUUCGAGAAGCAGCAGGGUGCCAAGCCGAAGAUCAGCAGCAGCGAAACCGUGUUCGUGGCCAACGAUGGACAAGGAAUCUGUGUCAACGGACUGGGACUCAUCGUUGCCGGAGCCGUGUUUCUGCUCGCACAGCUGGCCGUCAUUGCCAUCUGGACGUACCUGUGGCAGCGUCGCCGAAAGCAGCGUCAGUUUGAGAACGCCUCGAUGGGCUCGUCCGUGGUGCCGACACCGACGCUCACCGGAAGCCGAGCGGACUCGAUGUGCAAGCUGUACGACAGUGGGUACGCCGGAAGGCAUUUCUAA